AUGGAUAUUCUCCAACGCCUCGCUCAUUUCCUCGAUCGACCUCUCUUCCCUUGGAAGAAGCUCAUCAUCGGCUUUUCUUUAGGCCAAUAUGUCUUCGAAGGGUUUCUGUCUCUCCGCCAGUACCAGAUCCUAAGGCAAACUCGUCCACCAAAGGUUCUCGAGAACGAGGUUUCGCAGGAAGUGUUUGACAAGAGUCAAUCUUAUGGACGCGCCAAAGCCAAGUACAGCCUUUUCAGCGGCCUCUACGGCCAAAUCCAAAACACUGCAUUCAUCUACUACGACGUUCUACCUAAGCUCUGGGUCCUGACUGGCUCAUGGCUCCAUCGAUUCGCUCCCGAACGGUUCUCCGGCGAGAUCUCACACUCAAUCGUAUUCGUCCUUACCUUCAUAGUCAUUCAACAGGUCCUCUCUCUGCCGACUUCGAUAUACCAUACCUUCGUUCUGGAAGAGAAGUUUGGCUUUAACAAGCAGACACCUAAGUUGUUUGUGAUGGAUAUGUUGAAGUCGCAAAUGCUGGCAUUUAUUCUUACCCCACCCAUUCUUGCUGGUUUCUUGGCCAUUGUUCAGAAGACUGGAAACCAGUUCUUCUAUUAUCUUUGGUUGUUUGGAGCUGGUCUGCAGGUAUUUAUGAUCACCAUCUACCCGAUCACGAUUCUGCCUCUAUUCAACAAGCUUUCUCCCCUCGAACCUGGCGACUUGAAGACCGGUGUCGAGGAUCUUGCGAAGCGAUUGAAGUUUCCACUGUCCGAACUCCAUGUCAUUGAUGGUAGCAAGAGAAGUGCUCACAGUAAUGCUUAUUUCUUCGGUAUGCCAUGGAAAAAACACAUUGUCAUCUAUGAUACCCUGAUUGAGAAGAGCGAAACCCAGGAGGUUGUUGCUGUUCUUGCUCACGAACUUGGUCAUUGGAGUCUUGGUCACACCACAAGAUUGUUUGGAAUCUCUCAGGCCCAUUUCUUGUACAUCUUCGCCCUCUUUUCGGUGUUCAUCAACAACAGAUCCCUUUACGAAUCCUUUGGCUUCCAUAAGGAAUUCCCUAUCAUAAUUGGAUUCAUCCUCUUCUCCGACGCCCUCGCACCAAUGGACACUAUUAUCAAGCUUUUGAUGAACAUCCUGAGCCGUCGCUAUGAGUUCCAGGCCGAUGAGUUUGCCCAGAAGCUGGGUUAUUCAACUGAGCUAGCUCGUUCCUUGAUCAAGUUGCAGAUCCAAAAUCUGAGCACAAUGGAUGCCGACUGGAUGUAUGCAAGCUACCAUUUCUCCCACCCAAUUCUAUCUGAGAGACUUGGCGCUCUGGGUUGGUACGGAGAUUCGAAGGUGGGUGUGUCGGAAAGGAAGGAGUCGAAGGACGAAAAGGUUGCAGCGCAAGCCAGUGGGCGCGAGUUGUAGAGUAUACCGCAAUGAAGAAUUGUCAAGUCCGUCCCGCUCGCC